AUGGGCAGCAAUGGAGAUUUCACUACAAAGACCGUUCAAGAAGGACGAGCUCUCAUCGACAACCUUGCUGCAAGUAGUAGAACCACUUGCACCGAUUUUGAUAGAACAAUCCGUUCUAGCAAUUCCUACUUUAAGGAGAUUGCUGAACUCAAGAACAUGAUGAACCAACUUCUUAGGAACCAACAACGUGGAGUAAACGCUUGUGAGACUAUUAACAAUGGAAACAUGGAGCCUUUUCAAGAAGAUUCUUUUGACCAAGAAGAAGAAGUCAACUAUGUUGGUGCUCAAGGAUACUACCAAAACCGAGGGUACAAGAACAACUUCAACAACAACUUUAGAAACACUUCUAACCUUUCUUAUAGGAACCCAAAUGUGGAGAAUCCCCAAGAUCAGAAUUAUCCUCAGCAAGCUAACCGCUUUCAAAGGAACAACUUUGGUGGAAACAACAACAACCACUUUCAGCCUCGACCCCAAUUCAACAACAACAAGCCGCCUUUCCAAUCCGGACCAGCCCAGGCGCCUACCACUCAAGCUGAAGCUAAUACCAACACAAAGAUGCAAGAACUCCUUGUUGCUUUUCAAAAGCAAUCAAGAGAGAUCAACUCAAGGAUGGACAACAUCUAUACCAAACUGAAUGGGAAGUUUGAAAGCAUUUCUAUCCAUGUCAAGAAGCUUUAA